AAUCCGCCGCCUACCCAUUUUUUCUAUUUUUGGCAUUACAUUUGCCUUUUCCAAUUCACAGAGCCAUGUCUGUCUUCAAGAACAUAGCAUAGUAGCGUACACGCUUCCUUGGAACUUCACUAUCAAUUGACAAAUCCCAUCUUUUUCUUAGAAUUGUUCUGCUCUAAUGGAAAAGACCCACAAUUCCCAAAUACCAAUGAAAAGCAGCCAUAAGAAUGAGAAAGAGCCAGAGAUAAUAACAAACAAGAAUCAGAUGAGAAAAUGGUCAAGGGCCAUGAGAUCCCAAGGCAAGACCAUAGGCUUGGUACCCACCAUGGGAUAUCUCCAUGAGGGCCACAUAUCAUUGAUUAAAGAAGCCCACAAGCUCACAAAUCUCAUAGUGGUCUCAAUCUAUUUGAACCCAGGUCAGUUCUCUCCAACUGAGGACCUUUCCACAUACCCAUCUGACUUUGAUGGUGAUAUCCAAAGGCUCAUGGAUGUUCCUGGUGGUGUUGAUGUUGUUUUCCAUCCCUACAAUCUGUAUGACUAUGGGAACUCUAGUGUUGGUGGUGAUGGUGAGGUAGAGAAGAAAGGGGCAGUGUCUUGUGUUGAGGAGAGAGGUUUGGGGCAUGAAACUUGGGUGAGAGUUGAGAGGUUGGAAAAGGGUAUGUGUGGGAAGAGUAGACCUGUGUUCUUUAGAGGAGUUGCCACUGUUGUCACCAAGCUGUUUAAUAUAGUGGAACCUGAUGUUGCUGUGUUUGGCAAGAAGGAUUAUCAACAAUGGCGGAUUAUUCAGCGGAUGGUUCGAGAUCUUGAUUUUUCCAUAGAAGUGAUAGGUUCUGAUAUAGUGCGUGAGAAUGAUGGCCUCGCAAUGAGUUCACGCAACGUGCAUCUAUCAACUGAAGAGAGGAAAAAGGCAUUGUCUAUAAACAGGUCAUUGUCAAGAGCUAAAUUUGCUGCAGAAAAGGGUCAAGUAAACAGUGGAGAGUUAAGAAACAUGAUUAUCCAAGAAAUAAAUGAAGCUGGUGGAAGAAUUGAUUAUGCUGAGAUCGUAGACCAAGAGACUUUGGAGGCAGUGGAAGAAAUCAAGAGCCCCGUAGUGUUCUGCAUUGCUGCCUGGUUUGGGAAGGUCAGGCUGAUAGACAACAUGGAAAUAAAUAUUUGAAAGCCGUAUGCUCAGUUACUCAACAUUGUGCAAAACUGCGUUCCUUGUCAAAUUGGUAAAGAUUUGUCUUUCCUUAUUUUUUAUUCAGUGGCAGUUCAGCAAUCUUGUUCUGACUUUACUCUUAUACAAACCAUAUACGUGGUCUGUUUUUUUUUUUUUUUUUGGAAGAAAAUGAAAGAAAGAUAUAUCUGGCCGACCAUAAAUAAUCUGUUGAGAAUCCAUAGCCAAUUCCAAAAUUUUGGAAUUAAGGUUUUGUUGUUGUU